AGGGGGCAUGUCCGGACGGAGUGUGGCCAUCCCGUUGACAUGCAACGUGAAGGAUGAGCUCUCGGGCGUGUUCACGCUGUAUGAGGUGCACUUCUCCGAGCCAGGGACCAAAUCGUGGGCGAUCCAGCAUCGAUACUCGACGUUCAGGGCGCUGCGGAAAGAGUUGAUGGGCGAGUUUGGCAAGGUGCCGGUGCUGGCAAAGGGCUUUCCGGGCACAAAACUGUUCAACAACACCUCGCCAAGUGUCAUCGAGGAGCGGAGAGCUGGUCUCGAGACGUGGUUGGAGGCUGUUGUAGAGCUCGACUCGUUCUGGCUUCACCCUGCCAUGGUUUCUUUCUCGGGCAAAGUGGCUUAUCUGGCGGCUCGCGAGGAGAUCCGCCUGGCCGUCGAGGCACAGGCAGCGGCAGAGGCUGCUGCCGCUGCUGUGCCUGUGCCAGGAGGGGAUCUGGCAACCCAGCCCCCGACUCAGACGUCACAACGCCCAGUCUCUGGUCACCUCGACAUGCCUGGUGAGGCGUACGAUACUGCUGAAGUGUCGGCGUCUCCAUCGUCCGAGACCAGCUCGGCGUACGCAGCGCCAGCGUCGGUCACGGGAACGAGCGCGAGCACGAGCGGCGGUGGAUGGGGAAGCAGCGCAGGGCCAGCGGCAGAGCCCACGCCGCCACCAGCCACUGUCGAGGUGGCGUCUGCGGUUCGGGCUGAUGCGAUUCCGGGCCGUAAGACCUCAACACCGUCGCUCCCGCCAGUCCGCUUUGUCAACACGACCUCGUUUGACGAUACUGUGCGAAUCUCCAAGGAUGAGGCGCGCAGCCGGCUCCGAGUCCCGCAGCUCGACGAGGCCAAGAACGAGCGCGAGCGGCUGCACGCGCUCGAGUACGACCGACAGGGUCACAUUUUUGGGCGGACAACGUUCCAGAAGACCAACGUAGCGCACAUGGCGGUCAUGCAGAGUCCGGAAAUGCUCAAUCCGGGCACUCCUCUUCGCGAAGUUGUCGGCCAGUACCAGCAUGUCAUCGUCAAUGGCGCCGACAAGCUCGGCGACGAAAAGAUCGACGCCGGCCGUGCCGCUAACAACCAGGGCGUUGCGCUAGUGCAUCUGGCAGCCAUCACUCUCGAGUUUGACAACGACGCCGCAAUCAGCCUGUACAAGGAGGCGCUGGCAGCGUUUAAGCUUGCGGCGACCUUUCCCUCGGGUGCGACCAACGUGCUCGCGCCCGAGGCUUCGCGAGUCAACAUCGGGGUCGCCGAGUUCUAUUACGGACAGGCGCUGGCGCGUUCGACCGACUCGGACGCCCGCGCGGUGCGGACCCAGCUGCUGACGUCUGCGGUAGAGAUCCUCGAGGCUGCCGUGGUUGGGUGGGAGGCGCACGGGAACGACGAGCGCGACGACUGGGGCUUUGCGCACGUCCUCCAGUACCGGGUCCUCAUCAUGCGGGCGGUGUGCGCCAUUGUCGACUGCGUCGGGUCGGGCGAGGGCGAGGCGGCGGUGGCACUGCGGCGGCAUGUUCCGGUUGUUCUCGAGCAUAUUGACAUGGUGCGGGUGGAGCACGACGUGGCUUGGGUGACCAUCUUUGGCGUUCUCACCCGCGCGCUUGAUGUCCGCAAGUGGGGCGCGUUCAAGUCUGCACUAGAGCAGCUCAACAGGUGGCACGCUGAGCUGUACGCCGCCUUUGAGGCGCGGAUGGAAAAGUCGCUCGAUGCUGACGUGCUCUCCAUCUAUGCCCAGCUUCUCACGCUCCAGGCCAACAACAAGCAAUUUGACGGCGGCAAGAUGCAGGAGCGCUUUGCCAUGAUGGCCGCCGAAAAGAUGCAACUUGUCACACUCCUCGACUCGCCCGCCUUUGUCUUUUACGCCGGCCAUCUGUACAAAAAGGGUCGCCGGCACAAGACCUACAAGCGGCGCGGCUUCCUCAUCGAUGCAUCGGGUGACCUCAUCUACGCCGACUCGUUGGCGGCCGUGGAUCUCGCCGAUCCCAACGGCCGCAUUCCGCUCGCCGCCAUCACCAGCGUCGAGCCUGCCGAGACACCAGCCAAGGUCCAAGCCAAGCUCGGUGUCGGACCGGCCACCUCGCUUCACAUCGUCACCGCCAAGCGGGUCUACGAGUGCGUUGCCCACGCCCAGGCCGAGCGCGAUGUGUGGAUGGCCAACAUUUCCCGCGCCAUGGCCAUGGACACCGCCCUCGCCGACCGGGCAUCACUCAUCGGCGUUGCUGCCCCUCCUGCUGUCGCGUCGGGCAUCUGGGACUUUGUCGUCCACAUCCGCUAA